GCAAAACUUUUAGUAAACCCGGACCGUUCUUGGUCCAGCUCUGGCCGGGACAGCCUGGGGCUGGGAACAGACCCAUACGUAUCUCCUGAAACUGCUCGCCAUGGAGGGUCCACCUGCCCUGCCAACAGAGGAAGAGGUGGAAGGGAUGACGUUUGGGAUGAUUGUGGAGAAACUGAAGGCCCUUGGCAUUCACACUGCGGACCUAGAGGAGAAAAAAGAUGCAAAGGAGCGUCUUCUGAAGACCAUUAAGGAGGUCCAUGACAACAUUGCAACUCGAAGACAGCCCGGAAAGAUUACAAAGACAUUGCAGCAAGCUAUCUCUGAGAACAAGAAGAAGCGGGAAGGUCUAACGCAAAUCUGCAACUCAAUAUUGGAGUUUGUUGACUCCAUGGAGGAUGAUGACAAACAAAAGAUGGAAGAAUUGUUUGGUCAAGAUCUCGAGCUCCAAGUGAUCUUGGAAAAUGUGCGGACAUUUCUACAGAACGACGACUGCCCCAUCUUAGUUGUAGGUGAGUAAUUAACAACUUUAGGGGGGAACCCAACUCCAGAAACUUGUGUUCUGUCUCUUUGUGUUUUCUUUUUUCUUGAUAAAAAACUAAUGAUAUGUAUUGUAUUAAUUUGGCACAUUGAGUUUGGACUAGGUGUCAUUAUCAUUAUAACGUUUUACACAUCUGGGCUUUUUCUGAUAACCCCUGAGUAUCCUGAUGUCACUGCAUCCAAAUGUAUUGAUGAUGUUCAUGUAUCUAUAGGAGAGACUUCUUCAGGGAAAAGUACCCUUCUCAACUUGCUGCUAGGGGAGGGCAUCUUACCAGUAUCCAAUUUGGCCUGUACAUCUACCCUGUGCUACAUCAGGUAUGGUGAAGUAAAGAGGGCAACGGUCUACCUGAAAACUACAGCUAAAGCUACAGCAACAGCUAGCACCAGCCAGCACACAAUGGAUUUCAAAGAUGAAGACAAGGCAAAGGAGAAACUUGCUUCCUACCUGCGCAGUUGGGAAAGAAAAGAUACAACUGAAGAUUCAACUGAAGAUUCAACUGAAGAAACAACUGAAGAAACAACUGAAGAAACAACUGAAGAUACAACUGAAGAAACAACUGAAG